CUAAUCACAUUCCUUUAUAUAUCUAACACGAACAGCAUUUCGCACAUCAUUAAAGAAAUUGCCCGUAUGUGAGUCGGCUCUUACCUUUCACUUUAAAGAGCCGAAUUAAAUAACCGACUCGUUCGCGAACGAAGCAUUACCAACAAACAGGCCAAGUUGUUGCUACUUUGCGACUGUUUUUUUUCCUGUGGCGUUAUCAUCCGCGUUCAGCCAUGGGGAAGUCGUUUGCCAAUUUUAUGUGCAAGAAGGAUUUUCAUCCAGCCUCAAAAUCCAACAUAAAGAAGGUAUGGAUGGCAGAGCAGAAAAUAACCUUCGAUAAGAAGAAGCAGGAGGAGCUCAUGCAGGCGUAUGUGAAAGAGCAGGAGACCUACAACAACAGACUGCUGAUGGGGGAUGACCGAGUAAAAAAUGGCCUGAAUUUUAUGUAUGAAGCUCCUCCUGGUGCAUCCAAAGAGGAAACCAAAGAGGAAGGAGAUGCUGAGUACAAGUUUGAGUGGCAGAAGGUUGCUCCUCGUGAAAAGUAUGCUAAAGAUGACAUGAACAUCAGAGAUCAGCCCUUUGGGAUCCAGGUGCGGAAUGUGCGGUGUAUUAAGUGUCAUAAGUGGGGUCAUGUGAACACAGACAGGGAGUGUCCUCUCUUUGGCCUGUCUGGAAUCAACGCCAGUUCUGUAGGAAAUGAAGAAGCUGGCCCGUCGAUGCACCCCUCCGAGUUAAUGGCAGAGAUGCGGAACAGUGGGUUUGCGCUGAAGAAAUGUGUCCUUGGGAGGAACGCCACUGUUUGUGAUCCAGCACAGGGGUUUGUGGCCAGUGAGGAGGAAGAGGAUCCUGAAGUUGAGUUUCUUAAAUCUUUAACAACAAAGCAGAAACAGAAGCUUCUCAGAAAACUUGAUCGUAUAGAAAAGAAAAAGGACAAAAAGAAGAAGAGUAAUAAAGAUAAAAAAAAGAAACAUAAACAUAAGAAAAAGACGGCGGGGAGCUCCUCCAGUAGCACCUCGGACAGCAGUAGUAGCUCUGAGUUUGAAAGGCACAAAGCUAAAAAGGAGAAGAAGGGAAAAAAGAAGAGGAGAGACUCGUCAAGUGAGAGCAGUUCUGACAGUGAGGGUGAAGGAAGACAAGGAAGAAAAAACAAGAAGCCUUUAAAUAGAAACCACAGUCCAAGUGCUGAUUCUAAACAUAGCCGAGACAAGAAUGCUCACACACUGUCAGAGGAGCAGGACAGAGGAUGGAAAAAAUGUCAGAGGUCACCACAUAGGAAAGAAAGCCAUCAGGAUGAGAGCAAAGAGGGAGAAUGGAGAAAUAAGGACAGUGAGAGAAGAGGUGGUGAAAGAGAGAGGAGUGAACAUGGAAUCAGCAAACCCAAGGACCGGGAGAGAAAAAGGAGUGUAAGUAGAGAGGAAGUAUGGAAAACGAGGGAGACUGAAAGGGUAAGGCAGAGUGAAAAUAGUGCCAGGCAAAGAAGUGUUAGUAAUGAUUGCAAUUCUGCCACACGAAGAAGUCAAAGCCGGGAUAGACAACGAGAGGACGAUGCAAGAAAAAAAGGGAGGAGUGAUGGCUUUGAGCGAAGCAGACAUGGUAAAGGAAGGAGUACGAGUAGGGAAAGGGAGAGAAUCAGGAGUAGGGAACGAACAAGAGGAAGGUUUGGGAGCAGAGAAAGAGUCAUGAACAGGAGUAAGGAAACAGUGAGGGUCAGGAAGGACAGGAGCAGAAGUCCUAGUUGGGGCAAUACGAAAUGAAGAGGGAGAAGCUGAGAUUGUCUUUUCUUAUUUGGUCUAAUGUGUAAUUUGUAUUUUAAUGGAAAACUGUAUUGUGCAUACAAUGACUUUUACUGUGGUUAAUUCUUUAUUUUGCCUCAAUAGAGUAUGUGGUGUAAAUUAGAAUUGGAAUCUAAUUAAACCUUUCCUUUCAUUCCA